UGUUCUCCUCGUCUUUUUCUUCCUCUCUAUGCCACGUGUAGGCAAUCGUAGACGUAAGGCCAGAGUCCAGCAGAAGAACAUUGAAGAGUCGGAAGAAGCUCGUCGUAACACCCCUAGAUGUAUUAUCAUUCGAAGAGGGCAGGUGGUCCAAGCAGUCCAGGACUUGGUCACCGACUUGAGGCAGGUCAUGAGCCCCAACGUGGCCAGUAAACUCAGGGAGUCUCGAAAGAACAAGAUGCAGGACUUUGUGGCGGUGUCGGGGAUGUUUGGAGUGUCCCAUCUGCUCCAGCUCACCCAGACGGACGUAUCCCCUUACCUUAGGAUCACUCGAAUGGCCCAGGGUCCAACUCUUACGUUCCAAUUGAUGGAAGCCUCCCUGCAGACGGAUGUGCGUCGCUCCCAGAGGAGGCCCAAGGUUGGCUCUAUGCGGGAUUAUGCUCAAGCCCCGAUGGUGGUUCUCAACGGCUUCGGGGCGGCUGCGAAGAAGUCCCCUCAUCUAGAGCUGUGUGGUACCAUGCUGAAGUCACUGUUCCCUAGCAUUGACCCGAAGACUGUUGAUUUACAAAGUUGCCGUCGAGUGGUCCUCUUUAACUACGACGAGGAGUCUAACACUAUCAAGAUGAGACACUACCAAAUCAAACUCAAGAAUGCCUCUAUCUCGAGGAAUGUGAGGAAGAUCGUAUCGAAGUCCAGCAGGAAGACCUCACCGAAUCUGGCCAAACUGGCGGCGGCUGGAGAUGUAUUGGAUAGUUCGUGUCACUUGGAUGGGGUGUCCGACAGCGAGUUCGAGGACGGUGACACCGUCGGGCCUCUCCCGGGUCGAGCCCGAGAGCCUGGAAGCCACUAUAGGAAGAGACGCCAAGACACGAACGAGGUUAGUGUUGGCCUUGCUGAGCUCGGCCCUCGUCUUACUCUUCAACUGGUGAAGGCUGAGGCUGGACUGCCCAAUCAGGCGGAAGUGAUUUACCAUCGUGAUGUUACCAAAUCAGCUGAGGAGCAGGAUAAGCUCAAUAGGGAUGCCAAGAUGAAGGCGGCCCUCCGAGAGAAGCGUCUGAAGGAAGCAGAGCAGCUCCGCCAGAAGCGGCAGGAGGAGGAAAAGAAGAAGCAUGAGCGAGCGGAGCAUAAGACCCAAGAGUUGGUUGAGAAGUAUCGCAAGGAGGCCGGCUCGGAUGAUGAAGAUGACGAGACUGAGGCCUUUGCUAGGGGCCAGAAGCGAAGCAUGGAGCAGGGUGCCUCCAGUGGCGUGGUGGAGUUCGGCGAUGAUGACGGCUCAGCUUAUAAGAGACAUCGAGGUUCUGGUAAGGGGAAGGGAGGCAAGGGCGGCAAGGGCGGCAAAGGGGGUAAAGGAGGGAAAGGAGGAAAAGGAGGAAAAGGGAAAGGAAAGCGGAUGGGGGUUCUCGAGAAGUUCCACAGAUCGCAACAGAAAUAACUCGACUAAG